UAUAUACGCAUACGUCAUAGUUAUAAGUCAAUUUAAAUUUGCACAUUUUUAACAAAUUUUAUUAUUCAUAAGUUUUCUAGGAAGUGGUGCAACAAAUACAUAAAUAUGUUUGGAUUUAACAUGUUUCCGGAGAUGGUAAGGCCUUUUAACAACCAUUAUAGAUGUUUUUCUGUAUCAAUGUUACCGGGUACAUAUCGACGAGAUGUAGAACGUGGAGGCAAAAUAAUUAUGCCACCAUCAGCAUUAGAGCAUCUUACAAGAUUGAAUAUUAGAUUUCCAAUGUUAUUCAAACUAAGCAAUGAAAAGACCAAUAGAAUUACUCAUUGCGGUGUUUUAGAAUUUGUUGCAGACGAAGGAAGAGUUUAUUUACCUUGUUGGAUGAUGUACAAUCUUUUAUUAGAAGAAGGAGAACUAAUAAAUGUUAAAAGUGUAACUUUACCUGUUGCAACAUUUUCGCGUUUUCAACCACAAUCUGAAGAUUUUCUAGACAUUACAAAUCCUAAAGCUGUAUUAGAAAAUGGAUUAAGAAAUUUUGCUUGUCUUACAACAGGUGACAUUAUUGCUAUAAAAUACAAUCAAAGGAUAUAUGAAAUGUAUGUUUUGGAAACAAGACCUGGUCCAGCAGUUACCAUUAUAGAAUGUGAUAUGAAUGUUGAAUUUGCUCCACCAUUGGGAUAUAUAGAAAAAAAAAUUAAAAAAGAUGAAAAUGUAGUCGAUCCUGCAGAUUUAAUGCCAGCACCAUCUGGUUUUGUACCAUUCAAAGGAGAAGGUAAUAGAUUAAAUGGCAAAAAACGUAGAGAUUUUGCAAAACCAGAAGUGUCCACAAGUAAACCAGCUUAUGUUAGAGGAAUACCAGAUUAUGAUUACAAAGUAGGAACACUUACAUUUUUGCGCAUAAUUAAACCUGUUAAUAAUAAAGAGGCAAAAGAUCAAGAUGAAUUUAAGGCAUUCACUGGUGAAGGCUUUUCUCUUAGAAAGUCAAAAUAAUUGAAUAAUUGGUGAUUUAUUUAUUUUCAUACAAUUACAUGUAUUUGUAAAAGGUCGCAAUAAGAAAUCUAAUCCACUAAUGGACCCCAGAAAUAUUUACUGGGUUUUGUUGGAUCUUCUGUUAUGAAAAACUC